GUGUUCAAAGCAAUAGUUUGUAUUCAAUUCGAUACUUUUAAUAAACGCGUUUUAAUUAAAAUGUGAAAUAAAUUGCAUGUGUCUUUUGUACUGUUAGCUAUAUUGUGCAAUUUGUCAGCUUCUCCCCUCGAACAUUUUGAAUGUUAUUGAUUUAGAGUAGCGUUCGAUUUAUAUAGUAGAUACCGGCAUCAUAAUUUGUGGAAAACAUGGAGAAGGACCAGCGCAACACCAUUGUGUUCAACGCUUCUAAGCGGGAGAUGUUUACAGCGAGUAGCGGCUACAAAUCCCUGCAGAAGAAGCUGAAAACGCACUGGAAAAUCCAGAGUUUUAAAGAAGAGAUUUCGGAGGAGAAGCUUAGAGGAGUGAAACUGUGGAUCACUGCCGGACCCCGAGACAAAUUCACUGCAGCUGAAUUCGAGGUGCUGAAGAGAUACCUGGACAGCGGUGGGGAUAUCCUGGUCAUGCUGGGUGAAGGUGGAGAGCUCAAGUAUGACACCAACAUCAACUUUCUGCUUGAGGAGUUUGGAAUCAUGGUGAACAACGAUGCUGUGGUGAGGAAUGUGUAUUAUAAAUAUUUUCACCCAAAAGAAGCACUUGUAUCCAAUGGCGUCUUAAACAGAGAGGUCAGCCGUGCUGCUGGGAAACUGGUGACCGGAAUCAUUGACGAUGACAGCAGUGGGAAUAACUCACAGGCGCUUACCUUUGUGUACCCUUAUGGAGCCACUCUUAAUGUGAUGAAGCCAGCUGUAGCUGUACUCUCCACAGGGUCAGUCUGCUUCCCACUCAACCGCCCUGUGCUCGCCUUCUAUCAGCUCAAGCAGGGAGGAAGGCUGGCAGUACUGGGGUCCUGCCACAUGUUUAGUGACCAGUACCUAGACAAAGAGGAGAACAGCAAAAUAAUGGAUGUCGUUUUUCAGUGGCUUACUACAAAUGAGAUUCACCUGAACCAGAUUGAUGCUGAAGACCCUGAGAUCUCGGACUACACGAUGCUACCAAACACAGGGCUUCUGUCAGAGAGGCUGCGGGUGUGUCUGCAGGAGGGGGAUGAGAACCCACGCGACUUCACCUCGCUCUUUGACAUGUCGCUUUACACGCUGAAUACCAGUGGGCUGCCGCAGGUCAUCAAAGCCUUCAAGCAGCUGAAUGUGAAGCACGAGCCUCUCCAGCUGAUUCAGCCGCAGUUUGAGACGCCUCUCCCCACACUGCAGCCUGCUGUUUUCCCUCCCACUUUCAGAGAGCUGCCCUCACCGAAACUUGAACUCUUUGACCUCGAUGAGAACUUCUCCUCAGAGAAGGUCCGGCUCGCUCAGCUUUCAAACAAGUGCACUGAUGAUGACCUGGAGUUUUAUGUACGGAAGUGUGGAGACAUCUUGGGAGUGACCAGCAAACUCGACAAAGAGCAGCGAGAUGCCAAACACAUCCUGGAGCACAUCUUCUUCCAGGUCGUGGAGUUCAAGAAGCUAAAUCAGGAACAUGACUUUGAUACAACUGAGGCAGGAUUUUCUCCCUUCUGAAACAGAGAUUUGAGGUGUGGCUCCACUGCUGACUCUGCAUACAGACUGCAUCCCUAAUUAGGCAUGCUGAGAUUGAACAGCAAAAGGGGCUUUGUUCCCUCUUUUCAUAAACAGAGUUUGCUUUUGAAAUCAAAAGUGCAUUUCCCUACACACUUGUAUUAGCUAUUUCCCUUUAUUUUUGUGACAUGUAUUUAUACUUUACAUACGUAAAAAAGCGAUGAUGGAAUCUAUUUCCACCGAUUUUACCAUCAAGGAAAAUAUUGUGCAUUUAAAACCACCCACACACUGCAGAGAGAGUCAGCAUUGCGCCUCAAAUGUAGCAGCUGUUAGCUGGGGGGGGUUGACUUCUGGGAAAAGCCAUGGCCUCAAAUUGUAGAUUUAUGUCUCUCUAUGUAUAUAUUUAUUUCUAAAAACUUAAAUGUGUAACAUUGUGCAAUGGCUCAUUACACACGCUUUGUACAGAAACAUAUUUUGUAGCAUGUACAUGUAAAGUAAUAGAUUUCCUGUUCAUCAAAUCAAGUGUUUUUGCUUGCUUUCUCUGUAAUGAUUCAGGAGAAAACAAUUGUACAUUUGGCUGUUCUUAUCUAUAGCAAAUACUAAAGCUGCAACAUUUAUUUUGAGAACAUGUAAUAAAAAGUGUUUGUAUGAGGAAUAAUGCUAUACCACCACUCUUUGACAAAGACCAAAGAAGGGGGAGGUUGGGAAAGUGAGGCAAUAAAAAAAAAAAAAAAAAAAAAAAAAAAAAAAAA